AUGGAGUUAUCAUUGUGCUUAAUUGUUUUUCAUCGUCUACUUAUAAGGCUUUUGCUAUUUACUAUUUUUGUUUCUAAUAUAAUAUCUGUUGCUUCUGUGCAGCAGCCAUUUUGCCAUGAUGAAGAAAAGUCAGCAUUGUUGCAGUUCAAGGAAAGCUUUGUCAUUAGAAAAUCUGCUUCUUCUUUGGAAGGUGCUUAUCCAAAGGUUUUAGAAUGGAGAUCUAGUAAUUGCUGCUUAUGGGAUGGCAUCGAUUGUGAUGUGAAGACUGGCCAUGUGAUUGGUCUUGACCUUAGCAGUAGUUUUCUCUAUGGCUCUAUCAACUCCACUAGCGCCCUCUUCAGCCUUGUUCAUCUUCAAAUGCUGAGCCUUUCAGACAACGAUUUCAAUUUCUCUCAGAUUCCUGCUGCUAUUGGCCAACUUUCCUGUCUAACUUAUCUUGACCUCUCAGGUUCUGUUUUUCAUGGCCAAGUCCCAUUGGCAAUUUCCAACUUGACCAAGUUGUCCUUCCUUGACCUGUGUUGCAAUUAUGGUCCAGAGACAGAAGAAAAGUUUUUGCAGCUUAGAAAUCCCAACUUCAAAACACUAGUUCAGAAUUUGUCUAGUUUAGAAGUACUUAGCCUUAGUUAUGUAGACAUAUCAUCCGAGGUACCUAACUUACUCGCAAAUUUCACUUCUUUUACUAAAUUGUAUCUUAAGGAUUGUGAACUUUAUGGUGAUUUUCCUGCAAAAAUUUUUCAAUUGCCAAAUCUACAGACUUUAAGUGUUUGUGUCAAUGAGAAUCUCACUGGUAGUUUGCCUGAAUUCCAUCGAAGAAGUCCUAUUACAACAUUGAGACUAUGGGAUACCAAGUUUUUUGGAAGCCUGCCCUAUUCAAUUGAAAAACUUAACUCAUUACGUACGUUAGACGUAAGAAAGUCCAAUUUUUCAGGGCCUAUUCCAUUAUCCCUAGGUAAACUUACCCAACUUACAUAUCUAGACCUUGGGAUUAAUAAUUUCAAUGGAGACAUUCCGUCUUCUCUUCAAAACCUUACCGACCUCACAGUAUUAUCACUUUGUGAUAAUCAGAUAACUGGUCCAAUCCCACCAUGGCUGUGGAACCUUACCAAACUAGCUCUGAUAGAUCUUCAAGAUAAUCAAUUGCAUGGUCCAAUUUCACAAUCAUUAUCUAUGCUCGUUAAUCUUGAAGCUCUCUAUGUAAAUGAAAACCAUUUGAGUGGCAAUUUGAAAUUUGACAUGUUUUUUAACAUGAAAAAUUUCACUAGUCUCCGUCUUGGCCGAAACAAUUUGUCAUUGAUCUUUGGAAAAGCAAACAGAAAUGCAACAAGUCACAAAUUCAAGUAUCUAGAUCUGAGUUCAUUGAAACUGAGAAAAUUCCCACAUUUUCUCAAGCAUCAAAGUGAGCUGGAGUGGUUGGAGCUUGCUGGAAACAAGAUAACCGGUCAAAUACCAAAUUGGAUGUGGAACAUAAGCACAGACACUUUGAUCGCGUUUGACAUUGGCAACAACUUGCUAACAAGCUUUAACCAAUUUCCUGUAGUUCUUCCUUGGGUUAACUUGAAGAUAUUUGAUAUUUCUUUUAAUAUGUUCCAGGGUUCACUGCCAAUUCCUCCACCAUUCAUUGUUCGAUAUGACGUCUCAAGUAACAUGCUGACUGGAGAAAUUGCACUUUUAUUUUGCAACAUGAGUUCACUUUACAGCCUUGAUUUGUCCAAUAAUUACUUGGGUGGCAUAAUUCCAAAAUGUUUGAGAAACUCGAGUAAUUCUCUGGUAGUUUUGAAUUUAAGAAACAAUUCCUUUCAUGGCAUUAUUCCUCAACUAUGCAGCAGCAAUGCAAGUCAGUUGAAAAUGAUUGAUGUUAGUUAUAAUCAGUUGCAAGGGAAGCUACCACGAUCUUUGUCCAACUGUUCGAUGCUUGAAGCUAUUGUGGUCUCAAACAAUCAACUACAUGAUUCAUUUCCAUCUUGGUUGGGAUCCCUUCUUGAGUUGAAACUUCUCAUAUUGCACCAUAAUGGGUUCUACGGUACAAUUGAGAAACCCAAAAAGGACUUAAACUUCUCCAAUUUGCGAGUCCUUGAUUUGUCUUCUAAUAAUUUUUCAGGUGAGUUACCGUCUCAAUACAUCUUCAAUUGGAAUGCCAUGAAGUCUAACAAGGCCAAUGGUUUGAGAUACAUGAGUGCCAAGUGGAACUUUACUCUAACACAACAUUUCUUUUAUGGAGAUAGAGGGCGUUAUGGAAUCACAAUAAUGUAUAAAGGGGUAGCUACCUACUACAAAGCCAUCCAAGAUAUCUUCGCUUUCAUUGAUCUAUCAGAUAACAGAUUCGAAGGAGAGAUUUCUGACUUGUUUGGGAAUCUUAAGGCUCUUCACUCUUUGAAUCUUUCCAACAACAGACUGACCGGUUGCAUCCCAUCAUCGUUGGGGAAUUUAUCAGAGCUUGAAUCAUUGGACCUUUCUCGAAACAACCUCUCAUGUCAGAUCCCUCAAGAGCUGAAGCAACUUGGAUUCCUUGAAAUCUUCAAUGUUUCCCACAAUAAUCUCACAGGGCCUAUCCCUCAAGGGAACCAAUUCAAUGUGUUUGAUAACAGUUCCUUUUUUGGGAACCCAGAAUUGUGCGGUGAUCUAUUGCCAAAGAAAUGUGGAAAUUCAGAGUCGUCACCAUCACCUUUUGAAGAAGAUCAUGAGGAUUCAAAGUCUGUAUUUAAAAAAUACUGGAUAUUUAUAUUGGCAGGUUACAUAAGUGGGCUGGUUGUUGGAGUGGUUCUUGCUGACAUUGCAAUGAAGAGGAUGCCUAAAUGGUUGGUUGAGAUGCUAUCGAAAAGGAGAAAGGGAAGGAGGGGGCAAAGAACUUGA